CAAGGAAUUCAUAUGAUUAUGCAAGAUAACAAUACUGUAACAAUAAUACACAUACCCCAUUCGAAAUAUUAAAUUUAAGGUGGAUUGAAAUCUAGAAUUUGCAUAACCCAAAGCAGGGGAUCGUAGAGAGAUAAAGAAGGAUGUGUAUAGGAGUGUUCAUAUGGCAAGCUCAUCCAAUCUAUCCUCUUCUACUGCUACUCAACCGAGAUGAAUUCCACCACCGGCUGACCAUCCCUUUGGAGUGGUGGGAACAAGGUGGAGGCGAUGAGAUUCUUGGCGGCCGAGACGGGGUCGCUGGUGGCACCUGGUUGGCUUCUAACAAACGCGGAAGAAUCGCCUUCCUUACCAAUGUUAGGGAACUACCCUCUCUCCCUCAGCUCAAGAGCAGAGGUCACCUCCCCAUCCGUUUCUUGGAGAGCGAAAAAGAUCCGAUGAUGUUUGCAGAGGAAGUUGUUAGAGAGGCUGAGUUAUACAAUGGGUUUAACCUAAUAGUAGCUGAUAUUUGUUCCAAGAAGAUGGUCUAUGUAACUAAUAGGCCACAACAAGACAGUGCCGUUAUAAAACAGGUGUCACCUGGGAUUCAUGUGUUAACCAAUGCGAACUUAGACACUCCUUGGCCAAAGGCUCAACGGCUAAAGCAACAUUUCACAGAUUUCCUGAAUUUGUAUGGUAACGAUGAAUAUCCUGUGGGUGAAAUGUGUGAAAAGAUGAUGAGAGACACCGUCAAAGCUGAAAAAGAAAUGCUACCAGGCAUUUAUCCUCCUGAGCAGGAGUACCAGCUAAGUUCCAUAUAUGUUGAUAUGGAAACUCCUAAGGGACAUUAUGGUACACGAAGCACUUCCGUGAUAUCUGUGAAGACAAGUGGAGAGGCAACCUUUUAUGAAAGUCAUCUUGAGAGCAGCUUAUGGAAAGAGAAAACUGUGUCCUAUAUGAUCGAGAAUAUGAAGUAAAUAUAUGUUUCUGAAUUGGCCUAAUAUUAUUAGGAGAUGGAAUAAAAAGUCCUGUUACGUGAAGUUUAAUUCAGUGUGCAACUGUGCAAGUAGCUACAUAAGUAGUCUAAAACUGCAUUAGACUAGACAAAAUGAAAUAAGUUGCCUUGUUUUUGAUGGCAUAAUACUGGUGUAUGUUCAGGCUUCAGCUCUACUUUCUAUCCCCUAGAGUCAUCAGCAAUUCAAACAAUGCUUUGUUUUUAUAUGUAACAAUAUCACCUGGUAUUUCAAUUUCUAUGUUACCAAGGGAAAGUUAUAUCAUUCAUUUUUCUGGUUUUUA